ACCAUCAGGCACAUCAUGGAGAAAGGUGGGAACAUACAGUUGGAGAUCCCUGACUUUAGCAACUCAGUCCUGAGCCACCUCAACCAGCUUCGUAUGCAGGGUCGUCUGUGUGAUAUUGUGGUCAAUGUGCAAGGACAGGCUUUUCGGGCCCACAAAGUUGUGUUGGCUGCCAGCUCUCCCUAUUUCCGGGACCAUAUGUCCUUGAACGAGAUGAGCACUGUCUCCAUAUCAGUCAUCAAGAAUCCUACUGUUUUUGAGCAGCUCCUUUCAUUUUGUUACACUGGGCGGAUAUGUCUACAACUGGCAGAUAUCAUCAGCUACCUAACAGCUGCCAGUUUCCUACAGAUGCAGCACAUCAUAGACAAAUGUACACAGAUCCUGGAGGGUAUACAUUUCAAGAUUAAUGUAGCAGAAGUUGAGGCAGAAUUAGGCCAGACAAGGACAAAGCACCAGGAAAGACCCCCAGAAUCUCACAGGGUCACUCCAAAUCUAAACCGCCCCCUUAGCCCACGUCACAAUACACCAAAGGGGAGCCGAAGAGGCCAAGUUAGCACGGUGCUGGACAUCAGGGAGCUAAGUCCCCCUGAAGAAUCAACCAGUCCUCAGAUAAUUGAGCAGAGUUCCGAUGUGGAGAGCCGGGAGCCCAUCCUUCGGAUUAACCGAGCAGGACAGUGGUACGUGGAGACUGGGGUAGCUGACCGGGGGGGUCGAAGUGAUGAUGAGGUGAGAGUUCUUGGAGGAGUUCGGAUCAAAACUGAGAAUCUGGAAGAGUGGCUUGGGGCAGAGAAUCAGCCCUCUGGAGAAGAUGGGAGCAGUGCUGAGGAGGUUGCCGCCAUGGUGAUCGAUACAACAGGCCAUGGGUCAGGAGGGCAAGAGAAUUAUGCCUUGGGGUCUUCAGCACCCAAGGCCACUCGGCCAACCAGCAGUGAAAUGGACAGAUUUAGCCCUUCUGGCAGUGUUGUCACCCUGACUGAGCGACACCGAGCCCGCAGCGAAUCUCCUGGGAGAAUGGAUGAGCCUAAACAACCCAACUCCCAGGUUGAAGAGUCAGCAAUGAUCGGAGUAAGUGGUUAUGUAGAAUAUCUUCGUGAACAAGAAGUAUCUGAGAGGUGGUUCCGAUACAAUCCCCGCCUCACUUGCAUCUACUGCGCCAAAUCCUUCAACCAGAAAGGCAGCCUGGAUCGCCAUAUGCGCCUACACAUGGGGAUCACACCUUUUGUCUGCCGUAUGUGUGGCAAGAAGUAUACCCGCAAAGAUCAGCUGGAGUAUCACAUCCGCAAACACACAGGCAACAAACCCUUCCACUGUCACGUUUGUGGCAAAAGCUUCCCCUUCCAGGCCAUCCUGAACCAGCACUUUCGCAAGAAUCACCCAGGCUGUAUGCCUCUAGAAGGGCCUCAUAGCAUCUCCCCUGAGACAACAGUCACAUCCCGGGGACAGGCUGAGGAAGAAUCACCCCCACAGGAAGAGACAGUUGCCCCUGGGGAGACUGCACAGGGAUCUGUAUCCACCACUGGGCCUGAUUGAAAGAUGGCAGGGGAAAGGGGGAGGGUCCUCUGCCCCCUUCUGGGCCAUAAGCAGCCAGCAUCUGGGCCAAGGGCUGGUUCUUGGAUUCACAAAAUGCCACCUCACUAGACAGGAAGAAGCUCCCAAGAUGUUGCCAAACUAGAGGAUUAACAAAGUACACAAAAAAACUCAAGGCUCUUUCCUUCCCUUCCCCCACUUCACACCUCAGAAAAUAAUUAAGCAAAACAGCUUUCUGAUUCAGGGAUCAACAGCUUUGGUUUGUUAAUUUUUUUAAGAAAAAUUUUUUAAGAAAAUCCAGGAUAAACUGUCAUUUAGUUACCAACCAUGGUUUCAACUCUGUGAAUUGGUCCAGGUGACUGACCUUGGUGGCUGUAAUGUCCCAGCUCCAGCAAGCACAGCAUUCAGGCUUCCGUCGUCUGGAUCAGCUACAGGAGAGGAGGAG